UAUGUGCGAUAUACCGUCAUGGCGCUGUUUCCAGCUUUUGCUGGUUUACAGAUUGACAAAGUUGAAGAUUCGUCCAAAGAACUAAACUGGCUGACCAAUACGAGUUUUCAGACUGGGGAUGCCCUCUCUCUGCACAGUCGCUUUGUUGAGAAGACCAAUGAGAGGCCGAACGAGAAGGAAUCGAGUGUUGGCAGAGAUGUGAGUUCUGCAGAGGAGGAGGAGGAGGAGGAGGAGGGUAAUGUGCAACCUAAAAAGAAGAAAAAGAAGAGUGAAAAGAAGAAGAAAAAGAAGAAAAAACACAAAAAGAAGAGUGGGAGAUAUUCGGACAGCAGUGGGACAGACUCAGAAACCGUUUUCCCCAGUGACCUCAAAAGGGUGCAAGAGGCAGACAGUCCCCAGGUUGCUCCGUUAGCAAGCUGUUUCUCCUGGUUGGAUGACCUCCAGUUGCCCGCGAAGCAGCUAUUCUGUGUGGACCGUAAAGCCGACCCAGCCAACUGGACAUACAAGUCCCUGUACAGAGCAGACGUAGCCAGGUAUAGGAGGAAAGGCAGCUCGUCCUUGGGUCUGGACCCCCGCAGACAGGGAGUCAGCUGGGAGGAGUCAGAGUCAAAUAAGAAACAUAAAGGCAGGGACAGGAAGAAAGCAGCAGACAGAUACUUCUCUGCAGUCAGUCGCCAGCUGCUGAGGUCCGAGCCCCCUGCUCCCACGUUACCUAGGGUUCCUGAGCUCGGCGAUGCCGUCGGCCCCUCCUCCUUCAUCCCUCUGGGUGACAAUGAGGAGAACAAAGGAGGAGAGACAGGUGUCAGAGUGCAGACAUGGUCAGUGAAUCCUCUCGGUGUGUAUGACUCCUCCACGGCCCUCUGGCUGCAGGGGAAGGGGCCGACGGAGCAGACGGAGCAGCGGCAGCAGCAGGACACCCAGACGGGGCAGAGUGCGGCGCCUUUGGCCGGGAGGACGGAAGAGUUUAACAGGCGGCUCAGAGAGCAGCCAGCAGAUGCGCAACUAUGGAUAGAAUUCAUACGAUACCAGGAUGAGCUGAGUGCGAUGGCGUUUGGAGGCGAGGAGCAGCAGCAGCAGGGCAGCGAUGCGGCCGAGCGGCGUAAGUCUUCCUACAGAGCGGUCCUGGAGAAGAAGCUGAGCAUCGCGGAGCGCGCAGUGGCCACCAACCACGGCUGCGUAGCUCUGCAGCUGGAGAGGCUCAGGAUCUGCCAAGAGCUCUGGGAGCCUUCGCUUCUGGCUAAAGAAUGGAAGAAACUGGUAUUCCUCCACCCAAACAGUGCCCCCUUGUGGAGGGAGUAUCUGCUUUUCACCCAGAGCUACUUCAGCAACUUCACCGUGUCAAAGGUCAACGCCGCGUACGGGAAGUGUCUAAGCACGCUCAGUGCGGUGCGCGACGGGAGCAUGGUCUCUCACCCGGCCCUACCAGGGCUUGAGGAGGAUAUGUUGGAUAUCUUCACCCAGCAGUGUCAUUUCCUGCGUCAGUCUGGUCACUCAGAGAAAGGAAUUUCUCUGUUUCAGGCCAUGAUCGACUUUACUUUCUACAAACCUGACAGCGUACAAAAACUGUCCACCAAGCAGCAGGUUGAGUUCUUUGAGCCGUUCUGGGACAGCGGGGAGGAGAGGGUUGGAGAGUUGGGGGCCAGAGGCUGGAAAGCCUGGAUGCUCCAACAAGAGCGAGGAGGGUGGCUACAGCCCAGUGCAGAGGAAGAGGACGAGGAGGAAGAGGAUGAGGAGGAGGUGAAGGAUCGGAGCCAGCCCAGAUGGACAGUCUGGUUGGACGUGGAGCCGUCUCGUGAAGCAGCUCACUGGCUGCCUUGGAGGCCCGACAAAGCUAAGGGCCAGUCAGAAGUGGACUGUGAGGACCCGGACAGACAGGUGUUGUUUGAUGACAUCGGCCCAUCCCUAAUUUGUCUGUCUUCACCAGAGCUCCAGCUCUGUCUUCUACUGCGUUUCCUCUCAUUCCUGGGGCUGCCCGUAGACUCUGUGCUCUCCGCUGCCCCCUGUCAGCCUGGCCUGCUGCUGGAGAACCUUUCUCUGCUCACUCAGGGUAAUGGUCUCAAGGGUCCUCUGACCUCCCACGACCUGCCUGACCCCGGGGUUAACUCUGUGGGUCACAUGACCACUCUCCAGGGAACGAGGAAGUGGGUGGGGCUUGGGAAGCAGGGUGAGAGGUUUGUCACCAACAUCUUCGGUGUGGUCCAACCGGUCCUUCCUGCCCAGCACCGAGCCGCCCUGUCACUCAGCUGGAUGCAGUACGAGAAACUCAAGGUCUUGCGUUGCCUGCGUGGCGGCAACAAAAAGCGGCUGCGCUCUCAGGGCAAGAGCAGCAAGCGGAUUGCCAAGCAACUGCUCAAAGAACCCGACAACCGCUCGUCGUUGGUGCUGUGGCAGGAGUACGCCCGCCUGGAGUGGAUGCUGGGCAACCUCGAAGAGGCCCGCAAAGUCUUCUCCACGGCCACGGCCAUAGAGGGAACCAAAGGGCUGAAGAGCCCUGCCCUCUGCGAGCUGUGUCUGCUGUGGGCCCAGCUGGAGGUGGAGGACGGCUCAAGCACGCGGGGGGGAGGACUAGCAGAUGUCACCGUGUCCCCAGCUGUUUGUGUGCUAACCAGGCUGGCAGAAGGAACCUCCUCAUCCUCCCAGUCCCUCUCUCCGGUUUCUAUCCUGAAAGCCAGGAAGUGUUAUGAGCAGGCUCUGACCGCCGGCUUGUCAGCCCUGGACCAAAGCCCCCACAACCCUCAGGCCAACAGAAAAGGUUACGAGGACCUGCUAGGAGAGAAGCUGAGGCUGAGAGGCCUGACAGGCUGCUACGCUCUCUUCCAGUACCUCACAAUGGGCGUCGAAGCAGCUAACACUGUCUACAGCCAGGCCAGAGAGAGGACGGAGGAGCUGCACCACACGCUGACGCAGCUCAACAGUAAGGAGGAGGCCAACCUUGCUGGCACUGAUGCUGGCCAGUCUGCGGCUGACUCCAGCCAUGCCAGCAGGCACUAUGUUACCAGGCUAGCCUCUGAGUGUGAGGCAUUGGCAGUGCAGCAGGUGGCGUUGCUUUGGCACCACAACAGUGUCAGUGUGUUUCCACUGGCAACCCUGAGACAAAUACUGACCUCUGCCCUCGCCACCUGGCCCGGCAGCGCCCCUCUCUGGAGCAUAUAUAUACAGGUGGAGAACCGCUACCAUAGUGCUGGCCGGGCGCGGCGGUUUUUCCACUCUGUAACCAGGCACAACAGCAGCGUGGUGCCACGCCUCUUUGCCAUUGUUGCUGAACAACAAAGGAAGCAGCUGGUAGAUGCUGCUCAGAGGUCUUGUUGCCAUGGUGCUGCCUUGCCCAUCCUGCCAGAGAAUGGCCUCAGCACCCGUAUCCGUGGACUGUUUGAAAGCGCUAUAGCAACAGAGAUGGGUGCUCACUGUCCUUUACUUUGGAGGAUGUACAUGCACUUCCUGGUGUCGGAAGGGAAGGUGGAUAAAGCCACAGGGAUCUUCUACAAGGCCUUACAGAAUAUUCCCUGGGCUAAGGGUCUGUACAUGGACGCAGUGCAGCUGUUCCCCGAGCAUCUGCAGGAGUUUGUAGAUCUGAUGACAGAGAAAGAACUCCGAGUCAGACUGCCUCUAGAAGAACUGGAUAUACUACUGGAGGACUGAACACACACGCACACACCUCAUUCAAGAACAUGAUUUUGCUUUACUGGCAACAUGCCAAUGUCGGCACACUUGAUGGCAAGAAAAGGAGACACACAGACACACUCGGAUGUAUUCACACACAUUUAAAGAGUGAACUAAUGAUUAUCCUUUGUGUUUUAGUAGCAGAUACUGUUAAUAAAUAUAUUGUUCUAAUUCAUGUGUUGUGUAGGUUGCUUUUGCAUACCUUUCAGUGCAGACACACUGAGGUUGAGGGCCCGCGUUUCAAAUGAAAUAUCCCAUUUUAAAAGUUCAUGACAUGUUUAUAUUAGAUAUUAGAUGUGUCACUGAACCUUGGUGAUAGACAAUCUUACCCAGUAACCAAGAAUAGAAAAGAAGAGGCUGUGGCAGUGUCAAGUUCAGGAAGUUUUCACUUUACACAUGGUGAUAGUUUUUUUUAUUGAGUUCUAGCUUUCAGUCAUUUUGUAUAUUCAAUGUCAUCAAUGCGUCUGCAAAAUGUGACAGAGUUUAACAAUGCAUUGUUGCAUUAUUUAAAUCUAAUUUUAAGAUUAACAUAGGGAAUUCAGUUUUAAACUUAUAAGUCCGUGGUAAAUUUUAUUAAUUCACUUCCUCAACCCACCUGUGAAUUACCUGGAAGUUUCAUCUGCCCUAUUUUAUCACUCGCAUCACAGAACAUAUUAUGUACAGUGCACAGUGGCGGUGGAGUCGCUCCCUCCUGCCGUUGUUGCCGCGCCGUGGUUUGACGCAUUGCAGGUCCGCCCUGGCCAAUCAGCGGUCUCUGUUCAGUGUGCAGAAUAUUGCAGGUCUGUUCUAUCCAAUCAUAAUCCGCCUCUCAAAAGCAAAACCACAACUUCCACAGUGCCGCCAACC